AUAAAUCCAUAUCACUAAUAAGUGAGUAGGUAAAUCAGGAUUUUUGCCUGAGAAAGGAUAAACAAUAGGUUGUCAUCAGCUAGUUUUGGGGCCAUCCAACAAGACACACUUGGCCAGAUGACAAGCAGCAACCACCUUGUAUUUUAGCCAAUUUCCACUCCUUGCUUUCUCCGCUGCUGCUCUUAUUUUCCCAACAGAAGAACUACUUCAAUUCUUCCGAAAAAUAGGGUUUCUUGUCUGAAAAUUCCAAGUUCCCAACGAUUACUCCCACGCGUCACCUCGUACAUUCCCUUUUAGUUGCUGAAAUCUAACGCCUGAUGUAACUGUAUUAGGUCUUAAUUUUGAAAGUCAUUAUCUCUACCAGUUCCUCAGAUCACCUCUGUUUUUCCUAUAAAACCUCAACAAAUGGCUCUUCAUGCUACUGCUUUCUGCUUCAGUGGAGUUUCCACUUCUAGAAGCUCUUUGUUCUCAGUUUUCCCUGCUUCUAGAAGAUGCACUGUGAAAGCAACAGCUUUUCCUUCCCCGUCUCUGCCCAUCUUUCAUCGAUGCAAACUUCAAGGAAGAGCAUUGCCAAGUGACAAUGGGCCAUUGGAAAAGGAUGAAACUUCCCUUGUUGUGUGCUUUGGAGAAAUGCUCAUUGAUUUUGUUCCUACCACAAGUGGGCUUUCAUUGGCUGAAGCACCUGCAUUUAAAAAGGCUCCUGGUGGUGCACCAGCUAAUGUUGCUGUUGGUAUUUCCCGUCUUGGUGGUUCAUCAGCUUUCGUUGGGAAGGUUGGUGAAGACGAAUUUGGUUACAUGCUUGCUGAGAUUUUGAAGGAGAACAACGUCAACAGUGAUGGUAUGCGCUUUGAUCCAGGUGCUCGUACUGCUUUAGCAUUUGUAACACUGAGAAAGGAUGGAGAACGUGAAUUUAUGUUCUACCGUAACCCGAGUGCUGAUAUGUUGCUUCAAGAGGAUGAACUUGAUUUAGAGUUGAUCAGGAAGGCAAAAGUUUUUCAUUAUGGUUCCAUAAGCCUGAUUACGGAGCCAUGCAAAUCAGCCCAUAUUGCAGCUGCAAGAGCUGCGAAAGAUGCUGGUGUGAUCUUGUCAUAUGAUCCCAAUUUGAGGCUUCCAUUGUGGCCAUCUGCAGAAAGUGCUAGAGAAGGAAUCCUUAGCAUAUGGGAAACUGCUGAUAUAAUUAAGAUAAGUGAAGAAGAGAUUUCAUUUUUGACACAAGGAGAAGAUCCUUAUGAUGAUAAUGUUGUUCGGAAGUUAUACCAUCCAAACCUCAAGUUACUCCUCGUCACAGAAGGCUCAGAAGGUUGCCGAUAUUACACUAAGGAUUUCAGUGGACGAGUUAAGGGUUUAAAGGUGGAUGCUGUGGACACCACCGGCGCUGGAGAUGCUUUUGUAGCUGGAAUAUUGUCACAGCUAGCAUCUGAUGUCUCGCUGCUUCAGGAUGAGGGAAAACUUCGAGAUGCCCUUAGAUUUGCUAAUGCUUGCGGUGCAUUGACUGUGAUGGAGAGAGGAGCAAUUCCAGCUUUGCCAACAAAAGAAGUAGUGUUGAAUGCCUUGCUCAAGUCAGUUGCAUAAUAUCAUCCGACUUAUUAAUCAGUUGUCAUUUAAAUGCGCUUGCAAAGUUUUCCAUGUGUCUCUUGCAUAAAUUCUUGUAGGGCAAAAGAAUAUCAUGUAUGAGUAGAUCUAGAAGAAGAGCGUUGGCACAAACCUGAAAACAGCUCCAAAUAAUCGUAAUAAUUUCUGAUAAAUAUGUGGAAGUUCAUAACCACAUUAUUAACCCCGUGUAUUUAUUUAAGACCAAUGUUCAAUUCUCGAGGCUAAUGCAUGGGUUGCUGAUUCAGUUA